AUGUCCUUCACCGACUACGCCUUUGGACCAACGCAAGCCCACAGCGCCAGCGACGACGACCAUGAAGCAGGGCCAUCCAAUUUCAACACAGGCAUAAAGCGUGGUUCAAGAGGCCCCAGCUUCAAACGUGGCCCACCAAAGGGCUACAUCCAUGCUAUCGAACAGCGCUGGCACCAGGUCGAGUGUAUCCUCGGUAGCAUCAUGGCCGCUCCCCAGGCCGAGGGUAUCGUAUCGGAGCUGCGUGGCGACCCAAUGGCCCGAACGAUCCUGGACCGCGUAGAGUCAGGCCCCUACGGCCCUCACAACCGCGGUCAGCAAUCCGCAACCAACUCUGAAAACUUCUACGCGACCAUCAUGGGCACUACGGAGAGCCCCGCCCGUGAAGAUCGUCGCCAACGUCUGGGUGAUCCGUACUCCAAUUCAGGUACUGACUUUUCAAACUGGGACGAAGUCGACGACACAGUCGACUCUUUUGGACACCUUGCCCUCGACGAUACGAAGGAGAUCCGUUACCAUGGACAUGCUUCUGGUCUUCCGCUACUUGCUCGAAGUGACCACCCGAGUGGCGCAAACAAAGAUGAUGGCUUUUGGAAAUUUCCGCCCAUCAAACAAGAAGAUGCCCCAGAUAAAUUAGACGACUAUAAGGAGGCAGACUCGCACGUCCAACUCCCGCCUCUAGAGGUACAGCGACACCUUGUUGAUCUGUACUUCGCGUGGGUACAUCCGUUCUUUCCGGUCAUCCACAAGCAGCACUUUCUCGCAGAUUUUCCAUUAAGAGACGGUGAAUCCCCGGAUGACGAUCCGGCUCACCACUCAACACAGAAAGUCAACAAGCUCUUACUGUUGGCGAUGUUCUCAAAUGCAGCUCGGUACGGAACGGAGGCCCUCUGGAACUCGAUAGGCGAGAACAGAUCAAACGCUGGCGCGAAGUGGGCUGCGGGCGCUAGGGAAAUUAUCAACAGUGUGUUUCAAUGCAGUCGACCGUCAACUGUCCAGGCACUUCUGUUGAUCGGCAUUCGAGAGUUUGGUCUCGGUUCCAUGGAACAGGGGUGGUUGCUCACAGGCAUGGCCUUGCGUAUGGCCGUGGACCUAGGUUUGAACCGUAACUCAGAUAAGUGGAUAUACAAGGGCAAAGAUCUAUUCAGCCCGGUAGAGAAGCAAAUUCGAAAACAGAUCUGGUGGUCUGCCUGCGUCACCGAUAAGCUUUCGGCAAUGUGGAUGGGUAGGCCUGUAACCUUCCGAGCCAAUGACUACACGACGUUAUUGCCGGAAGUUCACCCGGAAGAUGCGUACGAAGUGUGGCAACCGAGUCCUCCGAAUGCAUUCGGACCAAGAUUCUCUCCGCGUCCCGCCAUGACUAUGAGGUCUUUCCACACUCAGUGCGAGCUCUCUGUCAUCAUCACGGAUAUCAUGAACCAGAUCUAUCCGGUCAGUACUACACCGGAGAGCCUGCCGCGUCGCCAGCUUCUGCAGCGACUCGAAGAGAGGUUGCACAAGUGGCAGAUCAACUUGCCCGAAGAACUCCGCUAUUUGGCAGUAGCACACUCAGAGACGCCAUUGCCGCAUAUCCUCGUCUUGCACAUCGAGUAUUACGCCGCGGUCCUUCUGCUUCACCGUGCCUUCAUUCCGCACGCCAACGGCCGGCCAGAUGAUAAUGCAGAAGGGCUGCAUGGAGAUCCGGUUCCCAUGAAAUCCUUGGACAUAUGCCAGAGCGCGGCAUCACAGAUCAGUACAAUUGCUACGUUGUUCGACGAAAAGUACGGCUUGUCACGUGCGCCACCCUUCUUGACUAUCUACCUACAGAGUGCAGGAAUCAUGCAUGUUAUCACACUGAGCAGACGUCCGAGCCCGGGGCACCCUCAGGCUUCGCAAGGACUCAAACAAUCCAUCAAUGCACUGGGUCGCCUAGGAAGUGUCUGGCCUAGCGCAGAGCGCGUCCGCGUACUUCUCGAAGGAGCAGUAGGACUUGCCACAGAUCCUGCAGCUCCGGGUGAUCAUCGCGGCCACAGGCCAAAACGAUCAUUGGAGCAGGCUUUGGGAGAAGACAUGAAUUCUGACGUGUAUGGGCGCCAUACUGCAACGUCCUACACUGCACCCGAUAUGACGCCUAAUCGGUCGGUCUAUGACGAAGAUGCCAAUACCAGGGCCAUGCUGCAUUCACUAGGGCUCGAGUUGCCCACGAUUGACCCUACCGUGUCAACCUUCCUCCCACCAUACCAGUAUUGGCCUCGGCAAACGUAUGAUGCCGUGGGGCACAGCGGCUUCAUGGAUGCUUCGGCCGCAGGACCACUACCUGCGCCCUCUGUGGGCGAGUCAAGCCUAUCCGCGGCGCCUUUCACAUUCAAUCAGAAUGACCUUGCGCCACAAUUUGUGCAAGGCGUGCACUACCCCGUCCUCGACCCCUCGAAUCUCUUCCCAGUCAACCUGGAUCCGGGUAUGCUACCGGAUCAACGGCACCAAGGCCGUUGA